AUGACAUACGUCUCAAACGAUCCCAGAUACUGGCCGUUUAUCAGUGGGUCAAUUUUGGUAAGCUAUUGCGAAGUUGUUGCUGGCAUCGUGGUGGUAUAUGAUUGGGUCUUAACACUCGGACAAGAGAUUGAACUCAUCUGGAGACAAUGUUGGUCUCUCAUGACCGCGCUGUAUUUGAUUAUACGCUAUAUUGGAAUACCAUUUUCUCUUGUCAAUAUUCUGGGCGCCGUCAUGAACACCACAGACAAUGUCAUAGGUGUGACCUUGACUGCCAUGUUGGGCGUCAUCAUCAUUGCUCGGUUGUAUGCCAUGUAUCAGGGAUCUAGAACGAUGCUUAUGUUCCUUGUUAUUAUCUUCCUGGCUGUAAACAUCGCCUGCGGAGUACUCACGGCAAUGGCACUCAACGAUACUGUAAUAGAGGAGUUCAUAUUCUCUGGUUUACAUCUGUGCGGCUAUCCGAAAUAUGGAGAGGACAGGCAGCUCCUGUUUGCGAUCAUUUGGGUGCUCAGCACUGUCUGGGAGGUCCUCGCACUGUGCCUUUCAGUGUGGGUCGCUGUGAAACGCUUCCGUGAGCUGCAUCGACUUGGCUCAUCGACAGGAUCGACCAUCGGGGACUGUUUCAGAGUGCUGAUACAAUUUCACGUUCUUUAUUUUGCAAGCUUUGUUGGUGUCUCUUGCAUCCAGCUUGCUCAAUUCUCUCCAGAAAUCGCGAAUUCGACUUCUAUUGGAGCUCAGAUACUCCUUAGUACUGUUCAAAUUUUAUUGGUCGUGCAGAUAUAUGUGCUGGGACCACGCCUUAUUCUUAGCGUUCGAGAAUACAACGCGAAACUCGUGGCAUACUCCGACGCAGAAACUAGCAUGAAUUCUAUUGUUUUCCAGGAGCAUGUACAUGUAUCAACUAGCACCAUACCCCCCAAUGAUGCGCCACUUGUGCCCUCGCGGUUCAGGCCUUACCCCCCGGAGGUCUACGUAUAUUGUUAUCAACAAUAUUUACACGCAACUGGCCAAGUCCCCGGACCGCCAAACCUAGUCCCUCCCCCUCCCCCUCAUCCACACCAUUUGGGUGGGUAUCCCCCCGCCUUCCAGGGUAUGGGUGUACCGCCAGCGGCUGCGCUGCUUCAACAUCCUUCCGCACCCCCCUCGGCACAACCUUCCCACCACACGCAUUCGGAGCAAGGACCGGAGGAACAAGCACCAGUAGCUGACGCUGAGGAGAGCGCUGUCAAGCGCGGAAAGCGCAAGGCGGUGGACUUGGAUGACGAUGAUGCUCCCCCACGAAAAAAGCAAACAAUUCACCCCCUUGUUGACUACCCCGAUUUCGAACUGGUCCAAAACAACGGCGAGGUCCGUUACAGGUGCUGCCUGCCGCAGUGCGAAAACGUGCCUGCAGUGCCACGCGCUGGCAUAGCUCAUUCGUUUUGGCUCUCGACGUCUCCCUUCCUGCUUGUCUUGUCUCAUCCAUCUCCUCUCCCUCAUUCUCCUCCUCGCCUUCUUCCCUCCUCUCAUCUGUUGUCCGCAUUUGUCUGA